UAAAAUUUUUGUUUACUCUUCUAGUCUUGUGUCAUGGAUUGUAUUUUUAGAAUAAAAAAUGGAUGUUUUCAAGCAAAUCUUUUCGGAAGAUAACAACACUGAGGAUUAUUAUGAUGUGUUAGGUUGCAAUGAGCUUUCAAAUACAAAUCAAAUUUUGACAGAAUAUCGCAUUAAAGCAAAGCUGUUGCAUCCUGACAAAAACAAAGGCAACUCUAAUUCAAGUCUAGAAUUUGCAAAACUUCAGAAAGCCAAAGAAGUCUUGGCAGAUCCCACUUUAAGAAAGGAAUAUGACUUGUGGAGGAAUUCUGGUUUAAAAAUUCCAUACGAACGCUGGAAAUCAAUGCAAGGACGAACUAGAAUGACCAUGCAUUGGGUCCAGAAAGUUAAACAUGAUCCAAUGUUAGAACCUGCUGAGAAUGGCUCAGAAUCUGCUGGGCCAAGUAAUUCUGCAAGUUCAAGUGUUUCAAAUCGACCAAGUGAUGACAUUCUAAAGCAAUUUCGUGCUUACGAAAUAUAACAUAACCUCUUACUUUCACUGUGCAAUAAAUAUACUCGUGUACAUCA